AGCUUUUAAUCAUUUUUAUUUCCCACAACCGGAAAAGAAAAAGAAAAUUUGAAAUCGAAGUUUAUCACCGGAAAGCUUGUGGAGAGAUGUCGAUGGGAAGCGACUCGACGUGGGUGGGGAAGAAACCGAUCAGGCGCAUCGGUGGCUUCUCUGAUGCUCUCUCCAUCGCCUCCGAUCUCGGUUACGCCGUCGCCCCUCCUCCCUCGCAGGAAGAAUCACAAAGCUUGGACUCUUCAAAGGGUGAUGAUUUGAUAAGGGUCUUGCGGGAGUUAUCUGCUGUGCAAAGGAAAAUUGCUGAUUUUCAGGUCGAACUUCAAGGGAGGAAGGAUGAUAAGAAUGUGGCACAUUUGACUCAUGUGAGUGAAAUGCAAAAGAAAAUCGAGACUCUUUCAAGGAUUACUCAAAUCUUGAAAGAUGUUAUACAAAACAAGGAUCGCAUCAUUGCUCGUCUCCAACAACCUUAUUCACUAGAUUGUAUUCCAGUUGAAGCAGAAUAUCAGAAACAAUUUUCAGAGUUGCUGAUGAAAGCCGCCAGUGAUUACGGCGCCUUAACAGCAUCAGUGUCUGAUUUUCAAUGGAGCCAAAACUUCAAAGAACCUCCUUCCGUCUGGGGGGAAAUGCUGCGUCCGGUACCAGUGGCACUAGCGUCAUGCACGAGAUUCUUCGAGGCCAUGACUGCGAUGAGAGAAUCAUUCGCGACUCUUCAAGACCUUCGAGUUGGUAACUCUGCAGCUUCUUUACCAACAACACCAGGAAGUAACGAAACGCCACAUAGAGACUCAGAUUGCGUGACUCCACCUCAAGGGAGAACAGAUUCAAGCUUCGACGACUUAGCUGUUCAGGCCACAAGGAGACAAAUCCAUGAUCAAAAUGAAGCUGAAGGCGAAGAAGAUGGUAAUGGCAAUGAGAAUGCUCAACUUGACCGGAGACUAUCAUGGCCUCCUUCGGUUAAGAAGAGUGGUGUUUAAGCAUGCGGUGUUGCUUUUGCUUGAGGUUCUUAAUAUCGAUUGUGUUUUUGUCUUUUAUGGAUUUGAAAAUCUUCGGUGAAACUUAAAAGUAGAUUAAAAAUCUUUACUAUUAAAACAGAACCAUUUUAAAAAAAUCUACUUAAAUAAGGUUGUUAGAGUCUUUCA